GUCGCUGCGGACUGUGAAGCUGGGCAAAAGUGGAAGCAUAUACUCCAAACUCUUGGGGGCUGUGUUGGAUAAAUGGAGGAGCUCUGAACUAACAUAACCUGUCGGGAUGCAACAUGUCCUUGUUCGCUGACGAGACAGCAGCGGAUGAGCCGGUCAGAGACAUCAACCUCAGCAUCUUCCAAACCGCAGCUGGACCACAAGAGUCAUCAGUGGGUUACAAUGCUCGAGCACGGCAGGACAUAUCACGGGUGCCCAGAGAAGAGAUGGAGGACAGAUUCCUGCGCCUCCAUGAUGAGAAUUUGCUGCUUAAACAGCAAAUCCACGGUCACGAAGACAAGAUCAAGAGGCUGGCCACUAAACUGCUGAAGCUGGUGAAGGACAGGCGCCGCCUGGAGCAGUUGGCCCUUGGCGGGGCCGGGGCCCAUCCUGUCCACAAGGUGCGGGACGUGGAGAUGGAGGAGAUGAUGGAGGAGCUCCAUGACAAGGUUCGGAAGCUGCAGUCUGAGAAUGAGGGGCUGAAGCAGCGCCUCCUUGUGGCCAAGCAGCAGCUUCAGGUGCAGAGCAGGAGGCCCACCCCUUACGGCCACGUCCAGUCACGCAUUGAUACAGGGCUGAAGAGACUGCAGGAGGACACGCCCAGUCCAUCUCCACUGCAUCCGAGAAGUAUGAGGAGUGUGGAGGGCAGCAGCAGACCUCCAGCAGGGCUUCCCCGAUACGGACACAGCCUGUUGGAGGAUGCCAGGGCAGAGAUUCGCAACCUAGAAAAUGUAAUUGAGACCCAACAAGGCCAAAUGGAAGAGAUGGAGCAAGCCUCCGAGCUCCUGCGGGAUCAACUGAGGAGAAAGGAGACAGAAUAUGAGGAAACCCUCCUGCAGCUCCGUCAGCAGCAGACAGCUGGACAGAGGUCCACCGUCAGCAGCAAUGUGACUAUGAUCAGACUUCAGAAGCAACUGGCUGAGAGGGCUAAUGCCUUAACGGUGCUUGAGGGCAGGUUCCUCCAGCUGCAGGAGAGUCAGAAGACAAUGAAGGCCAGCCAUGACGCAUUGAUGGCCAAAGUGGAUGAGCUCACAGGCCAGCUCAAAGACGAGAGACUAAAGAGCCUGGGUCUGGAGAGCCAGAUUCAGAACAUGUCCUUCUCUAAGAUCAGGAUAGAGGAGAUGCAAGAGCAAAUUAAUGAUCUGAUGAAGGAGAGGGACCUUCUGAAGGAGAGUUGUGAUAAACUGGUCAACAGUGCGUUUGAUGUCUCUCGGGAACAAAAAUGGCGUGUGCAGGAGCAGCAGCUGAAGCUACAGAUUGCCCAGCUAGAGAUGGCUCUGAAGGCUGACCUCACCGACAAGAAUGAAAUCCUGGACAAAAUUAAGGCUGAGAGAGAUAUAAAUGAGAAUUUGACGCAAGAGAAGAAACAGCUGCACAUCCAGUUCCUGGAGCAGAAACAGCAGCUAGAUGAGCUAAAUGACCGUAUGAAGUUCUUCACUAAGGAGACUGAGCUAGACAUGUCAGAACUCUCUGAGGCACUGAUGCUUAUCAAGGUACGUAAAUCCCAGAGGAGCGGUGAGUUGGGCUUCCUGGAAGAGUUGGAGGAUGAAGCACAGGGCAAUACAGAACGUUCUGUCAGGGAGCUUCGAGCCGCACAUGCUGAGACCAUCCAGGAGCUGGAGAAGACCAGAAACAUGCUCAUCAUCGAGCACAAGAUCAGCAAAGAUUACAAGGCGGAGCUUGAAGCUGUGACACGGAAGAUGGAUGGCGAUAAAGCUGAGUACCAGCUGAAGUUGGAUCGCAUGGCAAAGCUACUUGACACCAGGGCAGCAAAAAUCAAGAAACUCGAAGCUCAACUCAAAGAUAUUGCUUACGGCACCAAAGCCUAUGUCUUCAAACCUGACAUCACAGAUGAGGACAUGGCUGAUGAGUUUGAUGAAACGGUUCACCUUGAACGUGGGGAAAACCUUCUCGAAAUCCAUAUUGGCAGUGCCACCUUCUUUCCGUCCGCCCUGGAGGCUCUCGGUGACCGUGAGCCCUCCACAUUCUGCACCUACGGCUUCUAUGACUUUGAGCUGCACUCCACUCCAGUGAUCAUGGGCGAGAGGCCAGACUAUAGUUUUACGUCUCAGUAUGUGAUUCGUAUGGAUGACUUCUUCCUGGAAUACCUCCAUACAUGUUCGGUCACAUUGGAGAUGCAUCUGGCAAUGGGGUUGGACUUCCGUACACUGGCAGCUGGGCAGCUUCAACUGCAGCAGCUCCUGGAGCAAGACAGCAAGGUCCAUGGGACAGUGCAGCUGAUUGGUGUAUCUGGUGAGAUGCAGUCCUUUGGUUCUGUGGACUACUGGAUGAGACUGAGGGUACCAAUGCAACAGACUAUCGGUCUGUUCAAAGAGAGGGUGAAGGCCUUGCGCUACAUCAGUUCUGUGCUGGUGGAGGAGGAGCAGCUGACGUCACCCGACAGCAGCUCCAACAUACUCAGCAUCACCAUCCAGUGCUGCAGCAGACUGCCAUCUCAGGCCUCCCAGCAGCCCAGUCCCUAUGUAGUAUACAAAUUCUUUGACUUCCCCGACCACGAUACCUGCAUCGUUCAUGAUUGCUGCGACCCCACUUUCCACGAUCAUGUGCCUUAUGCGGUUACUAUUGACGCCGACCUGGAUCGAUACCUUAAGUCCGAGGCCCUGCAGCUUUAUGUGUUUGACUUCAAGGAGGAACGGAUGGACACUUACCUGGGCAAGGCCAGGGUGCCUCUACUCUCGCUGGCCCACGACAAGGGGAUCACCGGUGUGUUUGAGCUGGCAGACCCCACUGGACAUCCUGCUGGCCAUAUUGAAGUCACACUCAAGUGGAGGUAUAUGUACCUACCUCCGCCAGACUCCACCAUGACUGUAGAACAGGCAAAGUUCAUCCCCAAAGAGAAGCCAGUCAGGUUAGCUCCCACACAUGAGGAGAAACAGCACACCGUGGAAAAACAGAGGGAGAAAGAUAGAGAAGAUAGAGUUAAGGAGAGCUCAAAAGAAGAGAAGAAACCUGAGGAACUUUCUCAUGAGUCCACCUCCUCCCCUGUUGAUGCUGCCUCCAAGGCACCACUGCCAAAGCCCAGGCAGAGGAGCCAGAUAAAGGAGAGACCAAUUCCUAAAAAAGUUACAUUCCUGGAUAUCACCACUCCAGAUGAACAGGCUCAGCAUAGAAAUUUGCCAAGCCCCAUUGUGCCUCCAGAGAGGAAAGACUGCUCUAAGCUGCCAUCUUUAAUAAAGGUGGCUUCACAAAAAACCCCAGCACCUCCAUUAGUGACAAAGGAAGAGGAUGAGGAAGAGGAGUCUCACUUCUCUGAGGGACAGUUGAUACCAGAGAGCUCGCAGUCCUACUCUGACGAUUCUGAAAUUUCUGAGGAAAUUAUUCAAGAAGAUGUCAAGGAGUUCCCAGUGGGGGAGGCCGAUCAGAGUGAUUUGACUCAGUCCGACAGCGACGACUGCAUUGUUCCUGUUCAGCCCUCCGCAGGGAGGAAGGUGUCAGAGCGGAUUCGUGUGGAGAUCGUGUCCUUGAGCCUGAGGCCUGAGUCACAUGUGGCCCAGGACCACAGCAUUGUGCGUCUUUUUGUGGAGUAUUCACUCCUGGACCUGCCCUCAGAGGAGACGCCCCUGUCCCUGCCUAAGCCCCUGCCGGGACAGAGCAUCCACUACAACUACAGCAACGUAAUUCAUGUAGAUGUGGAAAACAACAGAGCGAGGCGGGAGUUGUUGAAGGGAGUCCUGGAGGGACACAAUCCUCAGAUUGAAAGUAUCCGGUUCACUUUGGUGAGCGAGCCACCAGAGGAAGAAGAGCAAGAGAGAGAAUGUGAGGAUGUGGGCAUGGCCUAUCUCAGGAUCUCUGAAAUCAUAGAGAAACAGCAGGACUUGAUUGAGACCAGCCUAAAUGUGGUGGAUGUAGAGGACAGCAGCGUAGUAGUGGGCAGUCUGAUCGUGUCUGUGGAAGGACUGGAGGCUCUGCGGUCCAUCAUAGAGGACCACACCCAUGACCACACCUCCAUCUCUUCACUCCAACCAGCAACGUAAAGGCAGCACAGAAUCACAGUUGUUUUAAUACAGCACAUUGCGCUGCACAGUACAGUAAAUAAGCAAUAAAUGUGUUGGAUGUGGUAAUACAUAGGUUCACAAUCAUAUAAAACUUCACUUAAGGACUUCACUUGGAAUGUUGCCUGAUGUUUUAUCAUAUAAAAACAUGGAACACAUGUAUAUCUGAUGGAUACUUUCAGUCAUUUUUUUAAGAUGAACCAGAUUCAGUAGUUCAGUUUCUUUCAAAUGAAACAUCUGGUUUGAAGCCAAUCAGAUGUUGUGGAAGGUAAAGUGGGUCAAUAUUCUAUUGAAUGUUUGAAUAUGAAAAUAUUAAAUAUGAAAUAAAUUAUAUUUAAUAUAUUAAUGUUAAAUAUUGAGUAUGAAAAUUCAUGGUCUGUGACGGGCUGGCGGCCUGUCCAGGGAGUCUCCCCGCCUGCCGCCCAAUGACUGUUGGGGUAGGCUCCAGCAUCCCUGCGACCCUGAGAUCAGGAUAAGCAGUUUGGAUAAUGGAUGGAUGGAAAAACUCAUGGUGCUUAAGUAAUCAGUGGAAUGGCAAGUCCAAGGAGACAGAGCAAAACAGCACAGUCAAAACAUUUGACAGUAGACAGGUGGAUUUCAGCUGUGCUGUAUAGUUGGCCAUGUCUAUGCUUUGCAUCAUUCUAUCCAGUCACUAUAUACUUAAUUAGCAAACCUCAACCGGAGAAGGGAGUGACUAGAAAUCAGCUGGUAUCGAGAUUAACUGAAAAAAAAAAACCGGCACGCUCUUGGUGCUUGACCGUCAGUGUCACUGUACAUACACAUUCAACAUGCAGAAACUGUGAGCACUGUGGAAGGAUGCACAAUUUAAAGACUUGAUACUUGAGAACCUCCUCUAUCGAUGAAUACGGUGGGAAGUUAACACCAUCCAGAAGGCAAAACAAGUGAAAAUGUGUCAUUGCUGUGGCGAAUACAUGAGCCUUAAUAUGCUGUCAUUUGUCAAGGUAGUGCAGUGUUAAAAUACACUGUCAUGCUGAGAAUGUAUUUGAUCAAUUAAUAACUUUGACAAUAUUCAAAGCUGUCCUGUCCUGCAUUUUGUACAUUACCACUACUGUGUGUGAUAUAUUUUUACCAUUAGACAGAUUUUAUGUAAAAACAUUGUUGGUGUAAUUUUAAAAAUACAGUG